AAACUGUUCGCUUCGUUUUGUGCUUCCGUGAUCAGCAGCUGCAGCUCGGUGGGCUUGAGGAGAGUGGGAUUACAGCGUUACCAUCGGCAACGAUUUCAAGAUGGGUACAGGUUGGGUGGCGAUGCGGUAUCUGCGCUGCGUUAUUGUGACGUAACCCUUGGACACGUCUAUAAUAUGAUUGCCUAUGUGAUUGCCACGCUACUCGCCCCUAUCUGUGUAUCAUGAAGGAGCCAGCGCCGCCGCCUGAGCGAAAGAAGAUGGCGAAUGCACUCAAGUAUACGUCGCUAGUUUUCAUCGUAGUCCAGACCACCGCCAUGGUGCUAUUGCUGCGGUAUUCACGCACGCAAGCGGUGCAAGGUCCGCGUUACCUGUCCAGCACAGCUGUCGUGUGUGCCGAGUUCCUCAAAAUCCUCUCCUGCAUAGCAGUGCUGCUGUGGGAAAACGGUUUCUCGGUCCCAGCGCUAGUGCUGCAGCUUCGCAAUGAAGUGUGGAGGCAGCCGAAAGAAACUUGCAAGAUGCUGGUGCCUGCGGGGCUCUACACAGUCCAGAACAACCUGCUGUUCUUUGCACUGUCACUCCUGGACGCUGCCACCUACCAGGUCACUUACCAGCUGAAGAUAAUGACUACUGCUAUGUUUAGUGUGUGGAUGUUAAAACGUAGAAUAUCAAAGCAACAGUGGUUCUCGCUUGUGCUUCUCAUCAUUGGAGUUGCACUCGUUCAGAUGCCAACAGAAGAAGAGGCACUGGGAACAACGGCCAAGCAAGGCUCUUACCAGUUCUUGGGCCUCAUAGCUGUGCUGAUUUCGUGUCUGUCCAGCGGCUUCAGUGGUAUCUACCUAGAAAAGCUCCUCAAGGAGAUCACAUGGUCACUGUGGAUACGAAAUAUCCAACUUGCAAUCUUUGGGUGCCUCUUGGGAAUCGUGGCCAUGUUGAUGUCUGACUGGAACCAGCUUUGGGUGGGUGGCUUCUUCCAGGGCUACAAUGUCAUAACAUGGAUAGUCAUCUUACUACAGAAUCCUAAGCCUUGAAGUCAACGCCUGCCUUUUAUGCGAGGCUCAUAGAGUCAGUGAUUCCCGGUGAUUCAGAUUUUAAGGACAGUGCAAAUUCUGCCAGUUAACUUGGCAGGUGAAGCAGCAUUGCAUUUUUGUGUAUAUAACCACACCAGGAAUUCGACAAUAUUUACAGUAAGGCAGAGCAUGGGUUAUAUGCCAAUUUCAUGUUAAGGUGUGGCUUUUUGUGUGAUCCCUGCCAAGUAUGAACAAUCCGUCAGAUACUUUAUAUCGUCUCAUAUUAGUGUGCAUACUUAAGUUCUUUUUCUUGGGUGCCCCAACUGGUACUCGGGCCUUAUAUUCUUGACUUCCUUAUAAUCAAAUAAAUACAGUUGUUCUUCUUCUGCAUGUCUAAUUCCAAAUUGAAAACACUCAGUUUAUCGCUACCACUGAAUCUGUAUGAACUCUGCGAUUUGAAAUAAAUGUCAUAUUCAAACAUUGCUGUUGUUUUAUAACACUGUGACCUCAUGCUGUGCUAAAAUGCAAUCAUAAAGGGUUAAUUUUUCUUUUAUUUCUAAACAAAAUAUACCUCUCUAACUCUCAAGUAAAGCUCCAGCCUCCAUGCUGUCUCUCACUGCUGUCAAAUAAAAAAUUGCGGGCUUCUUUCAAACCUGUGUGUGUUUUGACGUGGGGUUGUGCCCUUAUUGCUUACCUUACAUUUUUGGCAAGUUGCAGGUUAUCGGAGCUUGAGAUCCACUGCCUUAGGAGGGUGAAAGGGCCACAUUCUUGUGACUAGAGCAGCAAUUGAGCUUGUCUUGUCAAGCUGUAGACAUAGUCAAACAGUUGGAAUGCACUACACUUUCCAAUGUUGCCCAUAUUAUACUACAUGGACCUAUAUAGGAGGGUCACAUAGUAACUAUGUGGGUUAGUUCCGCUGAGAAACAGACAAAUGAAAUUGUGUUUUUAUUCAUAUGAUAGCCACGAUCCAAAUUUGCAUGAAAUCUUGAAAAGAAGGAACGGACCUUUACAGGGAAAGAAUUGAAUCAUAGGCUUGAGGGAUUCACUUGACCAUGUGCUUGUGUGCUAAUCUUGAUGGUUAGGGUAAUAGGUAGAGAAAAUAUUAUAAGGCGAUUCAACGUCUAGUUGAAGUCGAGGAAAGACUGUUUUUCUAGAGAGUGGGGGUGAGAAUGGGGUGUGUGAACUGUAUGAUUCAUUCCAAAAGCCGCUCUGGAAUGACAUUGUUUGAUUGAUGUCAACCAGAGGUUGAAUCUCCUUUCAAACUUUUGUCAGCACUUAUCGUAAUCAUCAUCAUCCUCAGACCAUCGCAACUAUAAUCAUUACCAUCAUAGUCAGUCAUCAUCAUCAUUAUCACAUUCAUUGCAUACCCAGUAACCCAAAGGGCACUAACCAGUGGCAUAUACUUAUGGUAUCUUUGGCUGUUCGUUAUCGGGUGCUCUAGAGUACUGUGACAUGUGGCUCUGUAUUCGCCUGGUUGAAACGAAGCGCUCAAAACGUUUUCGUCUGGAUCCAUUCGUGCGAUUGAAUCCAGUCAUGAGUGCUUGGAGCCGCUCUGACUCUCAUCGAAGCAGCUGCAAGAUCUUGUUAAGCUCUGAUUAUGUGACUCCCGUCGCUUCUGUUUGUUGAGUAGUAAAAGUGGAAGUCGCCAGUUUUCCCUGUUCUGCAGCAAUGUAAUUGCGGAAGUUGCCCAUGGAUCCAUUUCUGUUGCUCUAGGCGUUUUUGGCUGAAGCCUCUGGCUCAGACAGGGAGCGACUCAAGAUCUGGCUGCUCCGAGGCAGAGCCUGGAAUCGACCUGCUGAAGAUACCAUUAGUAACCCUAGGGGCAGCUAACCCUUUGCGCAUACCUAGUGGCCUCAGUGGCACUUGUAUAUUUAUACUGCUCUAUCUUUGUGAUUGGCCCAUGAAAGAGGUUAGAAACAGGUUAGAAAUAGGCAUACCCGACACAGAAAGGUGGCACUAACUCGCAAUGGAAGGCAUUGUCUUCAAAAACUUUUGUGCUGAUGCUGCUUUGAGAAAUAUAUAGCGUUCACAACAAUGGCAUCACUUCAUCACACUGAGAAGAUUUUUUCUAUGUGUUUUGAAGUUUUCUUACACUGAAAGCCUUUUUUAAAUUUUAUCCCACUGCCCACUA